UUCAUAAGCCAAAUUUUAACACACGAUUGAUGAUUAUUAUUACGUGUAUUCAGUAGGAUACAUGUAUAGAUUUGGUAUGCUUAUAGUAGGAUGAACGUAUGCAUGUAGUAUGUCACUUUACAAAUGUAGGAAAUGCAGGAAUUCUUUGUUUUCCGAUGACUGCGUAAUUACAGAUCACGGACUUAAAGAUUCAGUUUGCCCAGCAGCAUCUAAUGUAUUGCCAACUCAAUGGUUUCUGUCUUGUGAAUCAGAUAAUACUCCUCAAUGGAUUUAUCAAGCUCUGACAGAGGGAUGUUGGAACAAAGGCAAGUUGUAUUGCCCAAAAUGCCAUGGACGAAUUGGUUCGUUUGAUUUCAUCUCUGGAAACAAAUGUCCAUGUGGACAGUUCACCUUGCCUCCACUACAUGUACAUUGUUGUAGAGUAGAUCAAAUGCCAGUGACACUUCAACAAGAGCAGUAUCAAAGAAUAAAAACACUCAGUAAGGAAAAAACUGCUGAGCAAGACCACCCUGUGCGGUCAGCUGUAAGUACAGUGGUUGCCCCGGCUACAAGUACCAACCAAACCAGACCUCAGACCACUGUUACAGUAAAUGCUGUUGAAAACCUCCAAGAAUCAGAAAGGAAGAAAAAGAGAGUACGGAGGAGAAGGAUGCUUAUACAUGAAGUCCCAUAUGAUCCACCAACUGUCAUAAAUGAAAACCAGUUUGAAAUAUUAAAACAAGACAAUGAUGUUGAUGACACAUACCUAAAACAGAAAGCCACUGAGGAUCUGGUAAAGCCAUCUUGGGAAGCUCCCAUUGAAUCCACUGUAUCAGAGGACCAUUGCUGCCCUGUAUGUCUGGAUAUCUUCUGUAUUCCCACCACCUGUCAGCCCUGCAGUCACUCAUUCUGUAAUCCCUGUCUCCGCCGACUGGCCCGAGGAAAGCCUCAAUUUACCCCCUGUCCUCUCUGUAGAAAAGUCAUAGUGUCCUGUAUUCAAGACAGCGAACUAGAAGCCAAACUUAAGGACCUUUACCCUGAGGAGUAUAAAAAAAGAUUACAGAAGGAGCGCAAAGCGUGCCUGGAUAGCUUUUACCCUCUUCCUUCCUGUGCUAAUCCUUCCCUGCAAAGAGUAAGGCCCGACUUCUCAGGAAUCACUAGAACACAAGUGGUGCUGAUGGCCGUCUUGUUGACUGUGUGUGUCUGUAUAACUCCAAUGAAAUCCUUGGUGCAUAACAUGUUGCAGAUGUUAAGUUUUUGCAUUGACAACCUGUUGUAUUUUCUUGAUUCUGCGCUAACUGUGAUGGCAUUACAUGAUAUUUUGCAAUUAUUUUAAAUUUAAAAAAAAACGACAACAUAUUUUUAUCACCAUUAUAAUUACUUCCAACUAAUGAAAGUAAUUUUUCAUAUGUUGACUUGUGGACUCAAAAGUCUUGAUACUAGGUAAUUUUCACUCUGCCUUAUUAGUUACGUGUAUGCUGAAAGUGCUUUAUUUUUUUAUGAUCACAAUAUUUUGUUUACAAUGUUUACAAGAACUGUUAUAUUUUUGUACACUCUGUUAUGUUUCAUUCUAAACUUAAUAAAAUAUAAAAAG